GAGAAGAAAUCCUAAGGAAAGCAAUGGAAUGAGCUGUCCGUGGAAGGUGAGGAGCUGGAGAGAGGUGGUAAGGGUAAUUAUUUCAUGAAUCUUGCCACUGGAUAGAGUAAGCAGUAGUUGGAUGAGGACAAAAAAUGAAUGAUGCUUUUUUUUAAUUGUGGGAGGGACUUCAGCAAGGUGCAUGGAUUAGAAGGAAUGAACUAUCAGAGUAGGUGAAAAAGAAGAUAUGAGGUUGAAAAAAUACUAUAACCUUAAUAUGGAGUGAAAACACAGAACUAGAGGAGGAGAAUGGAUGGUCAGAGUUGAACCAAGAAUUUUCAGGAUGUAGGGCUGAUGUUGUGGUGUAGCAGGUAAAGCCACUGCCUGCGAUGUUGACCAAUUUGAGUCCUGGCUGUUGUAUUUCCUAUCCAGCUCACUGACAAUGUGCUUGGGAAGGCAGUGGAGGAUAGCUCAAGUGGUUGGGCCCCUGCACCCACAUGGAAGGCCCAGGGGAAGCUCCUGGCUUCAGACCGACCCAGCUCUGGCCAUUGUGACCACUUGGGGAGUGAACCAUCAAGUGAAAGAUCUCUGUCUCUCCCAUCUCUGUAACUCUGCCUUUUAAAUAAAAUAAAUACAUAUUUAAAAAUACAAAAUUUUAAGGAUCUUGAAUAACAUAACUAAAUUCAGAAGAAAGUUACGGCCCCUAACCUGUGACUCAUGACUUGCUUUUUGACCUAAACUGUCUUCCAGGAAGGCCCCUUGUCACUCAUUAUGAGCUGUGCUCCUAAUGCUUCACACUCUCCGGUCUUCUUGCUCCGUGGCUUCUCCAGGGCUAGCAUCCCCCCUAACCUCCUCUUCGUCCUGUUCCUGGCUAUUUACCUGAUCACCAUACUGGGGAAUGUGACACUCAUGCUGCUCAUCUCCCGGGACUCCAAGCUUCAGUCGCCCAUGUAUUAUCUUCUCCGUGGGCUCUCGGUGAUCGACUUGGGGCUAUCUACCGUCACCCUGCCCCAGUUGCUGGCCCAUCUGGUCUCUGAUUACCCAGCCAUUCCUGCUCCCCGUUGCUUGACUCAGUUAUUCUUCUUCUAUGUAUUUGGAGUUACAGAUACGCUCGUCAUUGCUGUCAUGGCCCUGGAUCACUACGUGGCCAUCUGUGACCCUCUGCACUAUGCUGUGGUGAUGAACCGCCAGCUCUGUGCCCAUUUGCUGGCCUUGAGCUGGGUGGUGUCCGUAGUGCACACCAUGCUACACGUGGGACUCCUCCUGCCCCUUUGUUGGGCUGUGGACUCUGGGGGCAAUGUUAGCCUUCCCCACUUCUUUUGUGACCACAGGCCACUUCUGCGAGCCUCUUGCUCUGACACUCACUCCAACGAGCUGGCCAUAUUCUUGGAGGGAUAACUGUGCAUCAAUUAGGAGGGUGGCUUUCUUAUGCUGGUUCCCUGCACCCUCAUUGUACUCUCCUAUGUCCGAAUUGGGGCUACCAUCAUGCGUUUGCCUUCAGCCACUGGUCGCCGCCGAGCCAUCUCCACCUGUGGGUCCCACCUCACCAUGGUUGGCUUCCUCUAUGGAACCAUCAUUUGGGUCUACUUCCAGCCUCCCUCCCAGAACUCUCGGGAUCAGGACAUGGUGGCUGCCGUCAUGUACACUGCCAUCACCCCUUUGGCCAAUCCCUUUGUGUAUAGCCUCCGCAAUAAGGAUGUCAAGGGUGCACUCCACAGGCUGCUCGGACAAGGGAGGAGGGACGCUUGAGUAGCCUGUCAAGGACCAGGUGGGGUAGAUGAGAAACAUCACAGGGGGAUUUUGAGCCUGAUUACUGUGGCCUAGGUGGCUUUAACUGUGAAGGUUUCACAUUCACAGACGUCCCUGCAGAGUGGCUCUGGGACCCCUCCAUCAGGCCAUUUGUCUUCAGUUAUCCAGAUGAAUUUAAAUGAGCAACUAGGCCCCAGUAGCUGUAGUUCCAGGGCUCUGAAGGGCUAGGAGAACAGGGUGUGUGGUUUGUGAAGUGGACUUCAUCAUAGUCUGGUGUGCCUUGUGGGAGAGUGAUGUACGUCAGAAAGUAAGUGAAAGGCAGCAGUUUAGACAAAUAGUGCUGGCGACUUCACUGCCUGUUUUGUUCAGUAAGUCCAGGGAGGAAUGUGGAAUGGUAGUCGUCCUGCUCUUCUGUAUGUCAACCCCAAUUUCUGCGGGCCUCUCAGAGUGUGGGUGUCUUACUCUGAUGCAUGUGAGUUCUAGUUAUAUAUUUUAAAAUUAAUUCUAAUAUGCAUUUUAAAAUAAGAUAUAGAUAAAAAUUAAGAUGACUACUUUGUUACAUAA